GUAGAUAUGACCCCUAUGGCUUUGACUGAGAGCGGGACACAUCACUCGCGCUGCACACUCCCAACGUCAUCACAACAAAAACAUCCCGCAGCGCUACAGCUACUAUCGUUCUGGGACAAGUCAAGCUCUUGGGAUCAAAAUGGACCUAAACAACCUCACCAUCACCAUCGGCGAACACAACUUCUCAAGCAGCAACAAGGGCAUGGACGUCUUCUCCGUGUUGGGACCAAUCAACACAGCCUGGAUCGCCCUCUCCAACCUCGUGCUCACAAUGGUGCUGUUGUCGUCUGCUCACCUCCGCACUCAGCUCAGAAUACAACUCAUUGUCUGUAUCUCCAUCUGCGAUAUGACCAACGGUGUUCUUGUCAACGCCUUCUUCUCACACUCUGCCAUCAACAAAACCUGGGAUCUUGGAUGUCCUUUCCAUUUCCUCUUGCAGUUACUCGGCGUGUUCGCAGAUGUCUUUCUCACCUCAUGGUACCUCGUGCUCCUCAAUGCUACAUAUUUUGUUGUACUGAUGGGAUUUUCCUUUCGAAAGUUAUCUCCCCUGGGUGACAAGGUCGUCCAUGCAGUGUUGCUACCCCUGCCGGUGCUCCUGUUCUGUGUAGUCGCUCUACCAAUGAUAUUCACCCAUUUAAGAGAUGUCAAACCGUCAAACAGCGUCUUUUGUCCACUGUAUUUGGAAAAUGAGUAUGAGGUCGCUAUGUGUUUCGUCUGUUUCUUCAUCCCGGCGAUAUCUUUGGUUAUCUUCUGCGCAUUUUUCAUCAUCUUCCGGAAAUCAGGAACGUGUCCUCGCGAGACCUUGGCCCGCAAUGUCCUGUCUGAGACAACAAUGGUGGAACGACCAAUGUAUUUUGUCAUCCCAACUGUUGCUAUGUUGAUCAUGAUGAUACCAGAUCAGUUAGUGAACGUUUUGUUUUUCACUAACUCAAUUCACCCUCCUAAAGGGCUUGGCUGGAUGUUCAUGCUGUUCGCCACCAUGGAAACGACAAGAGGAGGCUUUCUUCCUGUUAUGUGGCUGCUCUUCCCUGACAUCCGUCAAGCCGUUAAAGACAAGCUCAACUGUAGACAGCGGUUCAAUGUCGCAGCAGCGAUGACAGUGACAAACAUUGGAUACAGAGAUCUGCAAAAUCAGUAGCCCUUGUGAGCAGAAAUUAAUUGUUCUUACUUCUCGUCGCAACAUUCUCACAUGGUCCUUAGUAUAAGAGAUAUGGGUCGCACGUUGAUAUCAAUUUCGACAAACAGUAGUCAGUUUGUAUAAGUGGCAUUUGGACGUUGUUGUACAGUCGAAGACAUCUUGACCGUGUUGAGUUCGUUGAUGCUGGUCAGUAUCACCUAUCCAUGCAGGAUCCACUAGUCUUUCAGUGGCAUUUAGAAGUUGUAUGAUAAAACGAAGCUGUAGCAUCGAAUGCAAUCCUGCCUAACUUAAUAACAGAACUGGGCCUUGUUCCUCCAAGCGAUCUUAGCGCUACGAUGAUCGUAAGCCUAUGUUAAAGUAUGGGAGUUACGAUCACCUUAGUGCUGAGAUCGCUUUGAGGAACGGGGCCCAGGUCUGAUAACCGGAUCGGAAGAGGCGUUUGUUCUUGAACAUCACGCUAGCAACAGACUGAAAAAGGACAUAACGUGCGACCUCGAAUAAUGGUGUUAAAUUUAAAGAAAGACUCUGCCGGGAUGAGAAUCACGUUUUUUGAGAUAAAGGGAUGAUUGCUUUAUUGUAAAUGUGGAGUGAGUUUUCCACGUGUUUUGGCCACGAAAGUGGAAGAAACUCAAGAUACGAUUUUUUGGUGACAUGGACGGAACAAUUGAUGCAGACAAAACAUGAAACAGCCAACUUGCUACCUUUCCUGUACGGGUAGUGCGGACACUUUGCCCACACACUGGUGUUGAAUGUUGAGACAAGGGCAAUAGCUCGUCACUGAAGCGACUGACAAUCAAACUGUGGGAAUCUCAGUGUUUUGCCUCUUCGAGCGCUAUGCCCUUGGUCUAUUUCAAGCAUUUCAGCCAACUUGCUACCUUUUCCACACUGAUAGUACGGACACUUUGUCCAUAAAAUGAUGUUGAAAGUUGAGAUAGGGGUAACAGUGAGUCACUGAAGCGACGUACAAUCACACAGUGAAAAUCUGAGUAUUUUGCCUCUUCGAGCGCUUCCCCAAAUAUUGUAUGCCUCAUUUUUCAGCAUUUCAGUUUAUUCAUCUGUGCAUAUGACGCGAGUUGCAAGAAGCCAUGGUUAAAACGUACUUGUCACGCGAGUAUAUACGCGUUGGCUGUAUAUAUGUCGUAUAUUUUAGAAGUUGUAGUUAGUUUUUAAAUAUGUGUAAAUAUUCUAAAUGUUCUAAAAGCAAUCACGAUCAGUAAAUAUAUCACGCUAAUUCUCCAUGAUGUUCAAUAACCUAUAUGUUUGUUUGAACAAUCGUCAAAUAAAUUAGAG